AUGUUGAAUCUCUAUCGUUAUUUAAAAUCAAUAAAUAAAAGUGUUACAAAAACUAAUCGUUAUUUAUCAAUAAGUAAAUCAGACUUAAUUGAAUCUAGUCGAAAGAUUCAAGAAUUACUUAAAUCAGCAGAUGAUAAAUCAUCUUCAUGUAAAUGGUUGUAUGAUGCAUUAAAUAAAAUUCAUGAAGAAUAUUCAUCAACAACUGUAGCAACAUCAACAAAAGAAAUUUAUGAAAAAAAUUCAUCAAAACUCAAUUCAAUAUUUCUUGAACUUGAAAAUGAUCGAAAACAACAAAUUGGAAAUUUCAAAGAAAAAGAUCAAGAACAAUUAAUGAUGCUUCUUCGAUAUAUUCGUUAUUUACAAGUCGCAUUUACUUAUCGACUAAUUACAUUUGAUGUCGAUAUUUCAUUAAAAGAAUGUUCAACUUCAAUUAUUCAUUUAACAAAAAAUCGAAACUACUUUAAGCAAAAUUCAUUAUCAUUACUAUGUGAAUUAGCAUUUUUCGUUUAUUUCUUAUCAUCUCAACAUUCAUUAUCUCAUGCUAAAUAUCUAUUAAAAGAAACAUCUAUCGUUAAUUAUUUAUUAACUAAUUUAUUUUCAAUAUUGUCUGACAAAAGAUCAACAGAAUUAGUAAAUCAACUUUGUUUAACACUUCAUUCGAUAGUUGAAAUGCCAUCAUCAUCAACCAUUGAUUUAUGGCCUUAUAUCAUUUUAGAAUAUCUUUAUGAUAAAAAAUCUUGUUCAUCAUCAAUAAUUGAAUAUUUCAUAUUAAUUAAACAUUCAUCUACAAGUAAAACACCAUCGAAAUUAAUAUCUCUUUUAAAUGAAUAUUUAAUUGAAAUUGGAAUUCAUCAGAAUAAUUCGAACAUUAUUUGUCAAUUACUUAUUCUAAUAUCUUCAUUUGAUUAUUCACAUGAAUUAUUUAUUAGAGCAAUUCAUGAGAAAAUUAAAUCUUUAUUAAAAAAAUCCAAAGAUAAUUCCAAUACAUUGUCUGAUAUAAAAUUGUGUUCUCGUUUAAUUUAUUAUUUAUGUUUAACUGAUCCAACAAAUCGAUUUGAAUCUCGUUCAAUUAUUGUUGAAUUGAGUCGAAAAAUAAGUGAAAAUAUUGAGAAAAAUAAUAAAUUUGCUCAAUGGAUCGUUCAAGCUCAACAUGGGAUGAUGCUUUCAAAUAUCUAUAAUUAUCAACUUCUUUUUUCUACUGUUCAACAUCAACUUUUUCCAUUUUUGUUUCGUGAUCUAGGUGUUUAUACAUGGUCAAUACCUCGACAAUUAUUUGAUAUUCAUCAUGCAUUAGUUGUUGAUCGUCCAUCACUUGAAACUCCUUUACUCAAUUCCGAAAUGCUUGUAUUUGCUACAAAAAUUGCAGAAGAAUAUCGAUUAUCAAUUCGAAAAAAUCAAAAAGUAUACAACAAAUUUCUAACUGAAUUAAAAGAUUUAUUUAAUAAUAUCUAUGGAAAUGGAACAUGUCAAAUAAUUGAUACGAAUCAAAAUUAUCCUAAUAUACUUUUUGAUUUUUUAGAAAUAAAUUUACCAGAUAAUGAACAAUUCAAAUCAAUUGGUAUAAAUACACAACAACGCAUAGCUGUUCUUCCAAUAUUGAAUUCAAUGUUAAUAAAACAACAACGAUCAGAUGGAUCUCUAGUUCGUGUUCUUAGCGCACAUACAACAAUGAGAUACAGAAUUAUUGAAAAACAAAAUUAUCAAAUUCUAUUGAUUUUUCAUGGAGAAUAUCUUCGUGCACUUCGUGACAAUACAAUAAAAACUAUUUUUGAAACAAACCUAGCUCUGAAAACUCUUCCUCAUGUGUCAAUUCAGGAUACUUGA